AUGUGUCUAAAGAUCGCCCCUUGACCUGCCCUCGGCACGCAAGACACAGGUGCGAUGCUUGAUGCACUUCCUCGAACAACCACAAUUUGAUUUAAGAAAGCUCCACUGUAGCUCGUAAAGAUUCAGUUAUACCACUACUGUUUGACUUGAAAGUAUGGCUGGUGGCUGGGAAUCGCUUGGUUUGCUGCCUGAACUCGUGCAAACUUGCGAGGAAGAUCUGGGAUGGGGAUUGCCAAGUGAUAUCCAAGAAGAGGCGAUCCCGAUGCUGCUCGGUGGCAGAGAUGUGAUGGGUUCUGCAGAAACCGGUUCUGGGAAAACUGCCGCAUUUGCCUUGCCGGUACUUCAACUCUGUGUGGAAUACAAGGAGCAAGACCAAAAAGGUAGCAAGCAGGGUAGCAACAACAAACCUAUUGAUGAAAAGGGUAAGGGUCCACCAGAUAUGGAAUUUAUCAUGUCAACACAGGACCGGGACCAGACGAUUGCCUUUCAUCCAAAUGGUAAUGAAUUGCAGCUUCAAUCCAGUGACAAAACGCGAUGGGCUGGUUGCCGUUGUGCAGCAGGGAUAAAGGUUGGAAAAAAGGGAGACAAACAUGGUGCAACUGGAUACUCUUUUGAGUGCACCAUCUUGGAUAAGGAUGGUACGGUACGAGUUGGCUGGUCCACUUCAGAAGGCUCUUUGAAACUGGGAACGGAUGCGAACGGUUGGGGAUAUGGAGGGACUGGAGUGACAGUCACCACUGGCAAGUAUGAUCCGUUUCCCAGUGAAGGGAACAGAGCCUCCUUUACAAAAGAUGAUGUGAUAGGAUGUCAUUUGGAGUUUGAGGAUUCCGGUGGCGCAAAGAUCUCUUUCAGUUGUAACGGCAAAAACCUAGGAAACCCAUUCAAAGUUGGACCAGGAAAGACGCUUUAUCCAACAAUUUGCAUGAAGAACUCCAGUUGCGAGUUAAACUUUGCAGAUCCACUUCGAUUCCCGCCCCCAAACGGUUUCCAGCCUGUUUCCUUGUCAAUGGCAAGCAAUGAGGGUGCAAAGAACCCAAACCAUGCACAUGCAGAAAAGUUGACCGAUAGUAAACGGCAAGGCCCUCUGGCAAUUGUCAUUGAACCGACCCGGGAUUUGGCAGAGCAAAGUUACCAGGCUUUUGUGACACUAGGAAAGCGGCUGCGUGAGACUCCCGUGGGGGCGGCUCUGUUGGUUGGUGGAGUAAAGCCCACGGAAACACUGAAGAUGCUCAAGGAAAAUAGUGUGGAUGUACUGGUUGGGACGCCACCUAUCAUUGCAUCUUAUUUGAAGAAAGGAACUAUCCAGCCCUCUCGUUGUCGUCUAUUUGUCCUCGACGAGGCUGACGAGCUUGUUUCAUCCGAUUCAGUCGACAACAUUCAGAGCAUCUUUGGUCGUCUUGUUGCUUCCACAGAGGCACACCAGUCCUUGUUUGAUCGGCUCCAAGUUUGUUUCUUCUCCGCAACACUGCGUAGUAAAGAAGUUCAGGAGCUUUCGAGCACAUUGUGCCAUCAACCCUUGUGGAUAGAUCUACGAGGUCAGAAUGACAGCAUGCUACCUGACACCGUUCAUCAUUGCUUUAUACAGUUGAAUCCAUCCACCGUCAAGUUGAAAGAUGAUGAACUUAUCGAAACCGACGCAGUGCACAGAAAUGGGAAACUUUCUGCAAAAGUUGAAGUCAAGAAGAUCACCGAUGAAGCAUCGAAGAGCAGCGAAGUCAUCAAGCAGCUGAAGCCAAGAGUCCUGGUCGAAGUCAUGGAGAAAUUUGGCAUGGACCAGGUCCUUGUAUUCUGCCGUACCAACUUGGACUGCGAUCUACUUGAGAAGUACUUAAAGGGCAUUGGUAGUGCUGGCGAUAUCGGAAUUGCAGACAAGUACAGCUGUAGAGUUCUUGCGGGCAUGAGGUCGAUGGAGGAACGUCAAAGCUCAUUGCGUGCCUUCAAGGAAGGCGAUGUGAGAAUAUUGGUUUGCACCGAUGUGGCAGCAAGAGGAAUUGACAUAAGGAAUCUUCCAUUCGUGAUCAAUUGCACACUACCCGACAAACCAGAGAUCUAUGUUCAUAGGGUCGGAAGAGUUGGUCGUGCGGAUCACAUGGGUUUGGCCAUCAGUCUGGUUUCGACUGUGAAAGAACGAGUAUGGUUUUGUCGCAAAGGAAAGAAACCACCUUGCGAAGAUACCCGAGACUUUGAUGCUGGAGGCAAUUGCAUUUGGUACAAUGAGCCACAGUACUUUGGCAAUAUUGACAAGCUCUUGGUUGCGAACAACGUAAAGGAUACAAAGCUACAGUACCCUGGAUUGGUAUUACCAGCAAACGUGGAAGCCCUCGUCGCGAACAAAUCCUAUGGUGAACGCGUGCAGGGAAAUGGUCCUCUCAACCCUGAGGUCAAGGCCAAGAUGGAUGCAAUCAGCAGCCAGCUAGAUGUGCUGACCAAGGCAGAGUCGUCUAUGCAAAAGGACUAUUGGAGCAUUCGACAUCGUUUUCGAAACGCACAAGCGAAAGGCGUACCCAUUGCCUGAGUGUCUAAAACAAAACAUCAGCUAUACUAUUGAGUUACAUUAAACUUGAUCAGAUGAUUGGAGGUCGGCCCUUGCGUUGGGGUUCUUCGAUUGGAUAGGUACUAGUAUCGGCAUAUAAUUUGGAAGCUAGUGUACCGCAAUGACAGAUGGAGCUACCAGUACCGUACAAGCUAUCUAGUCGACAUGCUUUCUUUCUUUGGAAUCUUCAAACUCUAUCGUUUUUAUCUUUCGUUCUCCGCAGUAUGAUUUUGUUUCUUUGUUACAUCUUUUUUUGCAUCAUUUGUUAACACGUAAGAAUUGCACCACCUUUUUAUCAUCACGAAAUCGAGAGAGACGCAUCAUUUAUUAUCGGUCGUCUCUCUCUUUUUUCCACCACAACAAACAACACAAAACACAUGACUGUACUUCUAUUUACUUGUGCCAAAACCCAUGCUUGUUUGGUUGCCUGUUGGUACUGUACUGUGUGCCCACUGUGAUUGAUUAACUUGUCAUUGCCAGUACAAAUGGAGACAUGCCAAGUGUACCAUCGUCUUCCACCAGAUACUUUCUUGCCGCAAGUGCAAUUUUGAACACGGCAAUCCAGACAAUGGCAUUGAAAAGAAAGAACGGUAGAUUGGGUUUGUCACCGAGAUACUUGGUGACAAAUGUUCGAAGCUGUUCCCACAAGGACGGUUGCGGCGGCUUGUUGUCGAUUGUCGCGGUGUGUGAUUUGCGGCGAAUAUCAAUGGUCGCAAAUGGCUUGUUUCGGUUCUUGUUGGCGAGUAGCUUGGACUUGAAAUUCAGAUUGUGCGUCUUGGGUGUCUUGCCAUUAUUUUCGGCAGCAGCGGCUUCGAGUUUUUGAAAGAAGGACUUGCCAUUGAACUCUCCUCCUUCGGUAGAAGUCACAUUCGCCUGGAAGUCUUCUUCCCCUUUCAUGAGAUCAGCCUGCAUGGCUUUUUGGAUACUCUUUAAAUUAUGCAGGUCAUGCACCAAGGAUCCAUCGAGGGAAUCACCAUCAUCGGCACCCACUAUCGAGUCUCCCAGCAAAGAGACGUCGUCAUCCUGAUAGUAGGAAGUAGGAGUGUAGUUGUGAUCACUAUUGUUGUUCGAGGUAUACGCAUCGUAGGGAGAUACCACAUUUCGGUGCACCUGUUCUGGUGCAUGGCGACCCUCAGCAGAAGUCGACGUGUGUUUGCCAGCAUGAGACGCAGCCGUAUUAUUGUUGUAGUCGGUCAGGUCAUCAUCCACAGAAGAGUCCGAGUUGUAAUAAGUAGAUCUACCAGGAGAUCUUUUGUUCUUGUUUCGACGUCGCUGUCGCUCUCGAUCCUUGGCACGCAAUGAAUCGUCAUUGAUCGAAUCCAACAAAGAGUCAGCCACUAGGGAGACUCUGUUGAAGGCAUUCUCAAUCUCAUCAAAACCACUAAAGGGGAUGUCUUCUUCUUCUUCUUCCGGUGGAGCUCGGGCGGAGGGGGAUUCAGAAGCAUGCGACAUUCUAUUGCUGAUUCUUAUUACUAUUACUUCUAAUAGUAAUAGCUGAAGAGGUGGUUGUCUUGGUGUUUGUCGUUUUGUGCUUGUGUGUGAGUUUGACAACGGCUACUUCUACCGGGUGGAGCGGUAAUGCGAGUGUGUUUCAAAAAAGUGUGAAGGGUGUCAUCGCAACAUUCGCAAUAACUAACUGACGAAAAAUUGCUAGCUAGGCAUACACGGAGUCGAAUC